CAGUGGAGCCAGCGCUGUACAGUGCAGGAGGAGCUGCAGGGAUACUUCACUGCCAUCCGUGACAACAGAGCUUACCAUCCAUUGGAGAUCAGAGGGAGCAGCCCGAGUCCUCCUGCACAGCAAUGGGGAGUGCUAGCUUUUAGGAUGAGUGUCCUGAUAAUUUUGCCACAUAGCACUGGGUCCUCCUGGGGAUAAGAGGAGGUGAGUGCCUUAACUCAGCAGUGUUUCUAGGAUCUGAUUUCAUCCACCCCAAAAAAAAAAAAAAUACCCUAACUAUUCAACAGCUAAGAAGAGCCUGCGAGCACCUAUAGACACAGUCAGAAGGCAUUAUUAGGAAGAGUACUCCAGAAUUCGCUUGGUUAUGGGAAAACAUGCGUUCUGCAUUCUACGUUCUGAGCAUUAGAACCUGCCCCAAACUUCACAAGGUACAGGAGGGCAGCCCCAGGGAUCCCUCACUGCCUGGGGUUUAAUGCACAGCCUGAUCCGGACAUGCCAGACGACUGCUAACAAGACCACAGCUUGCCCCAAACCAUGCUAAACUGCGUUAGCUGUGCCCUUGGGUGGACAUAGAGGUUAUGGCAAUCCAAUAGCAGUCCUAUAUAUUGCUUUUUGCUUUGUUUUGAUCGUGAGUCGAGUUUUCUAAAAAAAAACUUCCUUGAAGUGAUGGCAUCAGAAGUGGUGUGUGGGCUUAUAUUCAGGUUGCUUCUCCCAAUCUGCCUUCUUGUUGCAUGCAUGUUCCGUUACAAUGGAAUAUCAUUCGUCUACCUCAUCUAUCUAUUGCUUAUUCCUUUAUUUUCGGAACCUACAAAGCUCACAAUGCAAGGACACACGGGACGGUUAUUAAAAUCGUUAUGUUUCACCAGUCUAUCUUUCCUGCUGCUGCACAUCAUCUUUCAUAUUACAAUAGCUAGCCUUGAAGCCAGAAAAAACAUUGAUCCAAAUUUCAAUUGUUCAACGUGGGAGAAAUCAUUUCGUCAAAUUGGUUUUGAAAGUGUAAAAGGAGCUGAUGCUGGAAAUGGUAUCCGGGUGUUUACACCAGAUAUUGGCAUGUUCAUCGCCAGCUUGGCUUCAUGGAUAUUCUGCAGGAAACUUGUGUUUAAAUCUGUCACGGAAGAUGAUGCGCAGUACAACCCUCAGUUUGAAAAUGAAGAAGUGUCAGAAGCAGGAAAGUUGGACUUGGAUGAUGAAUAUAUGAAUGGAGAAGACUUUGAUGGAGAGGAUAAUGAAAAUGAAGGGGAAGAAGAAAGCGCAAAAUUAAGGCUCCUUCGCAAAGUUGCUUCAUUUGCAUCACAACUUAAAGAGUUUAUUGGCAACAUUAUUACCACCGCUGGAAAAGUAGUUAUUACAAUUUUACUUGGUUUAACAGGCAUGAUGUUGCCUUCCUUGACCUCAGCUGUGUAUUUCUUUGUUUUUUUGGGUCUAUGCACAUGGUGGUCCUGUUGCCGAGUAUUCGAUCCGCUGAUAUUCAGCUGUUUAUGUGUAUUAAUGGCCAUAUUCAGUGCAGGGCACUUAAUUGGACUUUAUCUGUACCAGUUGCAAUUUUUUCAAGAGAUUAUUCCACCAAAUGAUUUCUAUGCCAGGUUAUUUGGUGUCACAUCUUUAGUUCAAACAAACUGUUCAAGCACAUGGAAAUUCGUAGCAAAUCCUGAUUUAAACUGGUAUCAUCAUACAAACCCUGUCCUCCUCUUAGUAUUAUAUUACACGCUAGCCACUCUCAUACGACUCUGGCUGCAGGAACCUGUUGUAAUUAAUGAAGAAAAUGAAGGGAAUGAGGAAGAAGAGAAAGAAGGUGACUGUAGCUCUAGUCCUUUGACUGCAGAGAGAAAGCGCACUCUGUGGUAUGAAAGCCACUAUACCACGGACGAAAGAAAACUUCUUUCCAUGACCCAAGAUGAAUACAAGCCAGCUGAUGUUUUACUAGUAACGGUUAACGGGACGCCUGUAGAUUAUACAAUUCAUACAGCACUUCCUAUUGAGAAUGGACCAACUAAACUUGAUAUGUACUCUAUGCCUCAAUAUAAAUGGGAGCAGGCAGAGGAAACCUCAGAAAAGAAAGAAGAGGAGGAAGUAGAAGAACCCGAAGAAGACAUUUCUGAGGCAAAAGAGAACACUAAAGUCCAUGCAAUGGUGGUGGUAUUCCAGUUUAUUAUGAAGCAGAGUUACAUAUGUGCUCUUAUUUCAAUGAUGGCUUGGAGUAUCACCUACCACAGCUGGUUGACCUUUGUGUUGCUGAUCUGGUCGUGUGCACUUUGGAUGAUUCGUGAUAGGAGGAAAUAUGCUAUGCUUAGCUCACCAUUCAUGGUUAUCUAUGGAAACUUGCUUUUAACAUUACAAUAUAUAUGGAGCAUAGACUUGAAAAAUGAACUAAGUGAAGUUCCAGGUCUUCUAGAGCGAAAAAAUCCAGGAGAACUUGCAUCGAAGAUCAUUUUCACAGUUACAUUUUGGCUUUUGCUCCGGCAACAUCUCACUGAGCAAAAAGCGUUAAAGAUUAAAGAAGCUACCUUAUCAGAAAUAAAAGUUGGAAGUCAAGAAAAGGAAGAAGAAUUGCCAGAACCAGAGGAAGAGGAAGAUGAUAAUGAUAUAAUGAAGGUGUUGGGAAACCUUGUGAUGGCAAUGUUUGUCAAGUACUGGAUCUACGUGUGUGGCGGAAUGUUCUUCUUUGUCAGUUUUGAAGGGAAAAUAGUAAUGUACAAAAUUAUAUACAUGAUGCUCUUUCUGUUCUGCGUGGCUCUGUAUCAGGUGCACUAUGAAUGGUGGAGAAGAAUUUUGAAAUAUUUUUGGAUGUCUGUGGUUGUUUACACCAUGUUGGUGCUUAUCUUAAUUUAUACGUAUCAGUUUAAAUCCUUUCCUCCUCUUUGGAUGAACAUGACCGGCUUGGAUCAAGGAAAGUUAGCAGAUCUUGGGUUAGAACAAUUUAAUCUGGCUGAGCUGUUCACGCGCAUAUUUAUCCCAACUUCUUUUUUGUUAGUGUGCAUAUUACACCUUCAUUAUUUUCAUGACCAUUUCCUCCAGCUCACAGACCUGAAGGCUGUAACCAGCAAACAAGACAACACUAUUUACAGUCAUGCCAAAGUUAAUGGUCGUGUAUACCUCAUAAUAAAUAGAUUGGUACACCCAGAAGGGAGUUUACCUGACUUAACCAUGAUGAACUUAAAUGCAGAACCUGAAAUGCUAGAGGAGAAACAAGAAAAACAGCUAGAGGUCUAUGCAGCCGAAAAAGGCCACGUCCAGGAUUCAGAUGAUGAGUGGAGCAAAGAGUAUGAUAAAGGAAGAGAUGAUCCUGAUGAGGAAGAAGUUGAGGAAGAAGAAUCAGAAGAGGAAACAGCAGAUUCCAGAAACAAAUGGCAUUUAGUAAUAGAUCGCUUAACAGUCCUUUUCCUAAAGUUUUUGGAAUAUUUCCAUAAACUUCAGCUCUUUGUUUGGUGGAUUUUGGAACUUCACAUAAUAAAGAUAGUUUCUUCAUACAUCAUCUGGGUCAGCGUGAAGGAGGUAUCUUUGCUGAAUUAUGUGUUUUUAAUUGCCUGGGCGUUUGCUCUACCCUAUUCACAAUUCCGACCAUUAGCAUCCAGUGUUUGCACUGUUUGGACAUGCGUGAUUAUUGUAUGUAAAAUGUUGUACCAACUGUCAUCCAUUGAACCUCUCAACUUCUCUGUCAACUGCACCAUUCCAUCUCCUAAUCAAACCAAUGUGGAUCCUAAAGAACUCAUGACCUCACUUCUGUACAACUCAUCUAUUGAUCCAUCAGGAUGGGUAGGACUAAAGAAAUCGGAAACGUCGCUACUUGCUUACUUAAGGAAUAAUUUACUAAUGCUGGCCAUUUUAGCUUUUGAAGUAACCAUAUAUCGACAUCAGGAAUACUAUAGAUGCCGAAACAACAUCACUGCACCUGCUACUAAAACAAUCUUUCAUGAUAUUACACGACAACACUUGGAUGAUGGACUUAUAAAUUGUGCCAAGUAUUUCAUCAACUACUUUUUCUACAAGUUUGGGUUGGAGACUUGCUUCUUACUGUCUGUUAAUGUAAUUGGCCAGAGGAUGGACUUCUUUGCCACGAUUCAUGGGCUAAGUCUGUUUGUCGUAUUGUACCGUCGCAGAAGAAAAGCCAUUGCAGAGUCCUGGCAUAGGUACUGCUGCUUUCUUGCUUGUAUUAUUACAUUCCAGUACUUCAUAUGUAUCGGCAUACCUCCAGCUCCAUGUAAAGACUACCCUUGGAGACACUACGGAGCCAAUUUUAACUCCAAUUUAAUAAAGUGGUUAUACUUUCCAGAUUUCAUUGUCAGACCUAGCGCCAUAUUUCUUGUCUAUGAUUUUAUGCUAUUACUCUGUGCAUCCCUUCAAAGAGAAGUGUUUGAGGAUGAGAACAAGGCUGCGGUGAGGAUCAUGGCUGGUGACAAUGUGGAGAUCUGCAUGAACCUUGAUGCUGCAUCCUUUAGCCAACAUAAUCCUGUCCCUGACUUUAUUCACUGCAGGUCUUAUUUGGACAUGUGUAAAGUAAUAAUGUUUAGUUAUCUCUUCUGGUUUGUGCUAACCAUCAUCUUCAUUACUGGAACCACGCGAAUCAGCAUAUUCUGCAUGGGAUAUCUUGUAGCUUGUUUCUACUUCUUGCUGUUUGGGGGAGAUUUGUUACUGAAGCCCAUACGGAGCAUCUUGCGCUAUUGGGACUGGCUGAUUGCUUACAAUGUGUUUGUUAUAACAAUGAAAAAUAUACUUUCAAUAGGAGCUUGCGGCUAUAUUGAAUCCUUAAUCAAAAACAGCUGCUGGCUAAUUCAGGCAUUCAGCCUGGCCUGUACUGUGAAAGGUUAUCGCAUCCCUGAGACCACUGACAAUUGCCAGUUGCCGAGUGGAGAGGCUGGAAUAAUUUGGGACAGCAUAUGCUUUGCCUUCCUCUUACUACAAAGAAGAGUGUUCAUGAGCUAUUACUUCUUACAUGUGGUGGCAGACAUCAAGUCUUCACAGAUCCUUGCUUCUAGAGGUGCGGAACUCUUUCAAGCUACCAUUGUCAAAGCUGUAAAAGCACGAAUUGAAGAAGAAAAAAAAUCUAUGGACCAGCUCAAAAGACAGAUGGACCGUAUUAAGGCCAGGCAAGAAAAAUACAAAAAAGGUAAAGAGAGAAUGUUAAGUCUUGCUCAGGAAUCAGGAGAAGAACAGGUCAUUACCAAAGCCGAUGAAGAUGAUGAAGGAGAAGCAGACAAAGAGAAAGCCAAAGGCAAAAAAAAGCAGUGGUGGCGACCUUGGGUUGAUCAUGCUUCCAUGGUCAGAAGUGGCGAUUAUUAUUUAUUUGAGACGGACAGUGAAGAAGAAGAAGAUGAUGACAAAAAAGAUGAGGAUGAGCUAAGGAAAAAAUCGGCAUUCCAGAGAGCUAUUGGAAAGUUUGCUUCAGCCCUAUUAGCCUUGCCAAAGUCUGUCAUUAAACUGCCUAAAACAAUUCUUCAGUAUUUAAUCAGAGCUGCCAAGUUUAUUUAUCAAGCCUGGGUUACAGAUCCAAAAACUGCUCUAAAACAAAGACACAAGUUAAAGAAAGAGGAGAAGCAGAGGGAGCUGAGACGGAAGGGUAUUGCGGAAGGGCAUAUUAUUGUAGAAUGUGAAGACAAAGAAGAUGAACACGACCAAGGCAAAAAGAAAUCUGAUGGACCAGACAAUAUAAUCAAAAGAAUAUUUAACAUUCUAAAGUUUACGUGGGUCCUUUUUCUGGCCACACUUGAUAGUUUUACAGCAUGGCUCAACUCGAUUUCAAGAGAACACAUCGAUAUCUCCACUGUAUUAAGAAUAGAACGUUGUAUGCUUACACGAGAGAUAAAAAAGGGCAUUGUUCCUAACCGGGAGAGCAUUCAUAUGUAUUAUCAAAACCAUAUAAUGAUGAACCUUUCAAGAGAAUCAGGACUUGACAGGUUAGAUGACCAGCCCGGCUCAGCAUCCAGCCUCCAAAAAAAUGACAGGAUGGCAAGUAAAAGAAUGGACAGUGCAGACUCUGCAGCAUCUCAUGAUAGCAUAUCCAGCUGCUACACGGAAGCCACCAUGUUGUUCUCAAGGCAGUCUACGCUUGAUGAUUUAGAUGGACCAGACACUAUACCAAAAACAAGUGAACGUGUUCGCCCUAGGCUUCGUAAAAUGUACAGCAUGGACAUGUCUUCUUCAUCUGCUGACAGUGGCAGCAUAGCAUCAAGUGAACCCACUCAGUGUACCAUGGUGUACUCACGUCAGGGGACAACAGAGACUAUUGAAGAAGUAGAAGAUGAACAAGAGUUAGAAGGUAAAGGACCAGCAUCAAUGUUAGAGACAGAAGACGAUGAAGAAGAAGAAGAAGAUUAUAGUAUAGACUUGGAGGCAUCAAGCUACACACCGGACACAGACUUGCCUCUGUACUCCACAACAGAGGGUGAUAUUCCGCCAUCCUACAGCAAAGCGGUCAGCUUCGAACAACUUUCAUUUGUAUCCCGGGAUGAAUCUGCUGACAAUAACAUGAUGGUUUUAAGCCCAGAUGAUAGUCGUACGGACAAACUUCAUGAUACGUUAUUGCCUCCUUUAACACAUGAGCUAACUGCAAGUGAAUUGCUCCUAAACAAGAUGUUUCUAGAUGAAGAGCUCGAAGAUUCUGAUAGAUUUUAUGUUGGUCAGCCACGUUCUCUCCAGCUCAUAUAUGCACUGUACAAUACUCUGGUGGCCAGAUCGGAAAUGGUUUGCUAUUUCGUCAUUAUUCUUAAUCACAUGAUCUCAGCAUCAAUGAUUACGUUGGUUUUGCCUAUCCUUAUUUUCCUUUGGGCUAUGUUAUCUGUUCCCAGGCCUAGUAAACGUUUUUGGAUGACAGCAAUUGUGUACACAGAGGUAACAAUUGUUAUCAAAUAUUUCUUCCAAUUUGGAUUCUUCCCUUGGAAUAAACAUGUGGACUACUACAAAGACAAACCUUACCACGCUCCCAAUAUAAUUGGCGUUGAGAAGAAAGAAGGAUAUGUUCACUAUGAUCUGGUCCAACUCUUGGCUUUGUUCUUCCAUAGAUCUAUAUUAAAGUGCCAUGGUCUUUGGGAUGAGGAUGAUAUGACUGAAAUUGCAACACACAAAGAUGACACAGAUGAUGAACUCUCAGAUGCAUCAGGAAGAAGAGAUUCUGUUGGGUCACUGAAGUCAGUCAAUCUUGCUGCGUCCGUGGAAUCCAUCCAUGUUCACUUUCCAGAGGAAAAGGCAGUCAUCAGGAGAAAGAGUUCUAGCAGUGGUUCCCAUCUAUCACGAAGGUCCAGUUACUCCUCACACAGAUCUAAAAGAGGAAGUACAAGUACUCGAAAUAGCAGCCAAAAAGGUAGCAGUAUAUUAAGCAUAAAACAGAAAUCCAAAAAGGAACUGCUAAUGGAAAAACUUCGAGAGCAACUAAUUAAGGCAAAAGCUUUUAUCAUUAAGACGACCCUUCAGAUAUAUUUGCCUAUCCGACAGUUUUUCUACAAUCUCAUCCACCCAGAUUACAGUGCUGUGACGGAUGUCUACGUUCUAAUGUUCCUUGCAGACACUGUUGAUUUUAUCAUAAUUGUGUUUGGUUUCUGGGCUUUUGGAAAACAUUCUGCUGCUGCUGAUAUAACCUCCUCUCUAUCAGAAGAUCAGGUGCCAGAGGCUUUUCUUGUAAUGGUACUAAUCCAGUUUGGCACCAUGGUUGUGGAUCGUGCACUUUAUCUACGGAAAACUGUAAUGGGAAAAGUAAUUUUCCAAGUUAUCCUUGUUUUUGGAAUACAUUUCUGGAUGUUUUUCAUCUUGCCUGGAGUGACAGAAAGGAAAUUCAGUCAGAACACUGUUGCCCAGCUGUGGUAUUUUGUGAAGUGCAUUUAUUUUGGCCUAUCAGCAUAUCAGAUCCGUUGUGGGUAUCCAACCAGAGUGCUUGGUAACUUCCUCACCAAGAGCUACAACUAUGUCAACUUGUUCCUGUUUCAAGGAUUUCGCCUGGUUCCAUUUUUAACUGAGCUGCGAGCUGUCAUGGACUGGGUCUGGACUGACACCACCCUCAGCCUUUCCAGCUGGAUCUGCGUCGAGGACAUCUAUGCUCAUAUAUUUAUACUGAAAUGUUGGCGGGAGUCAGAAAAGAGAUAUCCCCAGCCUCGAGGUCAGAAGAAAAAGAAAGUGGUGAAAUAUGGAAUGGGAGGCAUGAUUGUGGUUCUUUUAAUUUGCAUCGUCUGGUUCCCCUUGCUCUUCAUGUCACUAAUUAAAUCGGUUGCCGGUGUCACUAACAAGCCUUUGGAUGUUUCCAUUAAAAUCACUCUUGGAGGUUAUCAGCCUAUUUUUACCAUGAGUGCUCAACAACACCAGCUCCGAGAACUUAACAACAGUGAAUUUUCCCAUCUUCACAAAGUAUUUGAAGGAAAUACGCCUGCCCUACAAUUUCUGGAAGCAUAUGGAAAAGAAGAUCUCACCUUGGCGCAACUGGAAGGAAAUUCAAAUUCUUUGUGGACUAUCAGCCCCCCAAGCAGGAAUAUGAUGAUACAAGGAUUAGAGAAUUUGGCCUUUGAUUUCACAUUGGUUAUCUCUUGGGCCAUUCAGAGAAAUAUGAGUCUCGGAGCUAAAGCUGAAAUAACUGCUGAAAAACACACAGUCACAUUGCCAAAUGAUACUCGACUACAACUUGCCAACAUGAUGAAAACAACAAAUUCAUCAACUCCAGUACAACUAAAAGAAAUCUAUCCAUGGUACAUCAAAGCACCAAGUGACUCUACAGCAAAACCCAUUUUACAGCUUCUAAAAGGUCAACAUUUUGUAAACCUUACUGUCUCACUAAAAAGAGAAAAUUCCAAAGAGGGCACUCAAGAGUACUGGGUUGUUAAUCAAACAGAAAAGAAGUUCAGUAAUAAAAAUGGGAUACAACUAUUCGUAUUCAGUGACAAAGUUAGCCCUCCAAGUCUUGGAUUUCUGGCUGGCUAUGGAAUAAUGGGACUCUAUGCGUCUGUGGUACUGGUAAUAGGAAAGUUUGUGCGUGAGUUUUUCAGUGGAAUAUCUCACUCCAUCAUGUUUGAAGAACUACCAAAUGUAGACCGAAUCCUGAAAUUAUGCACAGAUAUUUUUCUAGUAAGAGAAACUGGCGAACUGGAACUGGAAGAAGACCUGUAUGCCAAAUUAAUAUUCCUAUACCGGUCACCAGAAACUAUGAUCAAAUGGACAAGAGAAAAAAAUAAAUGAUUUCCACAAACUAAAUAAAUAAUUCAGUCGACUCCUACUGAAUUCUUAUAAAAGCACAAUAUUAUCAUGACUCUUAAAAGAGUUUGGACUUUUUCAAUGAAGUAGCAGUGUUUUCGCUCCAUACGAUCACAUUAUAUGCAUCUCACCAUUCCUCUGGAAUUGAAGGAGGGUGCUGCAAGACUGUAUUUUAUUUUUAUUUUAUUAUUUUAUUUGGAUCUGAAUCCACCAAGGUCACUGUAACUUUUUUUGAAAGACUUAUUGUCUUGUCAGUACCGCAUGGCCUAUGGGAAAACAAUACACAUAAACUCAACGGAAUUGAAUUAAAGACGAGACUGUAUGAGUUCUUCUCCUGAACUAACAUCUCUUCAAAUGUGCAAUAUGCUGCUUAAUUGUGUCCUCAAACCUUGAAAUGAUAUGGCAUCCUCGUGUUUAGAAUUGGUGCAGCAAAUGGGUUCAACUGAUUGUAAACUUCUUGUCAUAGAUAAAAAAAAAAAAGCAGAUUAUUUAUGCAUUAGACCCUACUACUGGCCAUACAAAUGUUAAAAAGUACACCAAAAAUGACAAUCUUGUUAACUGCCUUAUUUUUAUUUGUACAGUCCAAAAAAGAAAAAAAAAUCCCAUCAAUCAUAAUGGACUUUUUCUCAGGAAAAUUCACCAUGAAGAAUAGAAUAAAAAUAUCACAUAGGUAGUGCUUAAGGCCAUUUACCAUUACUAUGUCUCUAAAUUGGAUAAAUGACCCCGUAAGAACUGGCUAAAAUGCAUGUCUUCAUAGGUCUCCUUUCUGUCUUUCUAGAAAUUUGACAUUUUGCUUCCAAUUUUUAAAAUGUUAAAAAAUUAAAUGUUUACAUGACAUAUUCAUAAAACUUUUUACUACAUCUAAGACAGCUUUUUAGGUUCUAAGUUAUUGAUCACUGUACACUGUAGUUUAUCAGCACUUUUGAAGAAAAUAUGGUCUUUCUUAAUUUAUUACAGUAAUAAAAGAACACUCAAGCUAUUCAUUUUUAAACAUUGUAAUGUUAAAGAAAUAAAAUAGUAAGAAAUAAGGAAGGAGUAGUAAGACGAAUGGGCUACAAAGAGGCAUAGCGUAUAUGCAAAGAUUAUACAAUGCAGAGGUAACGAAGAAGCAGACAGUCCUUUUUCCAAAGUAUCUUUUUUUUCUGAUGCCUUUUCUUGCUUAUAUUAAAUAUAACGAUAUUUGUUAUUUCAUUACUUUUCACCGUAAAAUGGAAAAGAAAUGCUACGUGAACACACCUGCUGUUUUAAUGAAGGGCUACUUAAUAAGGAAGAUGAUUUUAUAAGACAAGACAAGCAAGUGCUGUGAAAAUGCCAUGCUGCCCAUGUUGUCUUGUAGGUAUCUGUAGAUAGACAAUACUGUUGAUGGCUAACCUUGUAAAUUAAAUGGUUAUGAACUACAUUAAGGCAGGCUGAGCAUCAUGGAUAAUGUUGCAGACAAAGGCUAUAGGCUGUGACUAGACUAUAGCAAUGACAUGUAUUGAAUAAUACAAAAGUGACAGAUCAUCUAAAAAAAAAUAUGCGUAAUGCAGAGUAAAACA